AUGACUGAAUAUCGGUUGGUACGGGUCAGCAAUGCCAUCCAAGAUCCGGUGUCCAAAACUUCAGUUGCUCAGGAUCAAGUCGUUCGCGUAACUGGCGAGGAUGGCGACUGGUUUAUUCAUUUUAAUGUAUAAAUGUGUAAUUUAAUGUUAAAGGUUCAAAAUUGAGACACUCGAAGGCGUUUCAGGAAGGAUUCCUCGGGUUUUAGCUUUGCCAAUCACUGAGCCGACCAGGUUUCACUUAAUUUUUCAGAAUAGUAUGAUUAUUGCAUUUCGUUUAUAUGAUAAUAGUUUGUAUCAGUAGCUCAUUUAAGGAGAAUAGUAGAUAUAUCCAGAUGAAAAAAGUGAAACGCUUGAUCGGAAUCGAUAUAACUACGGCUUAAUGUGUUUGCUGAAAUUUCAAGUGGAUCUCGAAAUGUUAAAGUAUUUCAACUUCAGAAGUCCCGGCCAGUCGUUGUACUGCUCAACGGACGCCUACACCUCAGUUCGGGCCGACGAUCUGCCUUUUACUCCAUUCACACUAUUUUGUCGGUGUUCAUUCUAUUUAAUGAAUCGUUUUUUUUCCUUUUCAGUGGCAGCGCCCUCAAAAUAUCACGAAGGCUGGUUAGAAGGAUACAGUUUGAAUGACUACGGUAUGCAGUUGGGCCCGAAGGGAUUGUUACCUGAAGGCUAUAUGGUCAAGGUCGGUUUCUGAAGUUUGGAUUGAAUCACGAGCAUGAACUAUUUUUCUCGGAUGCGUUCUGGCGCCAAUUCAAAAACUAACACGUUUUUGUGAAUCUGCUAGAAAUUAUCUUUAAUAUGAAAAGGCAAGGCAUCACUUUCGCGGAAAUUGAUUCAACAGGAAACCUGAGAAAAAUCUGAAAACUCGACCAUUUCUAAAUUUGGCGCCAAAAACGAAUCUUUAACGCAUUGCAUUUGAACUGACCUUUUCAAGACGAGAAGAGCUUGUUAUGAACUUGUAUCAUCGCAAAAAAAGCUUACCUAGGCCUAAAGCGCUUAAAAGUUUAUCUUACAAUCUUAAAUAACGUAUUUUCAGCUAACUGAGGACGCUCCAGCAGCCGUCGAAGAGGUGAGAAUUCUAUGAAGAAUGAAAGAUUUCAAUUGAUGGAUUCUCAGCACCGAGGAAUGACGUCAUCUUUCACGACGAAUUUCAACGAAGUUCAGAUGCGACAACAGCCGCAAGCCAACAGCUACAGUGUCGCCCCGUACGCAAGAGCGAACUUUGAUUUUCAGUGAGUUUUUGAUUUUUAAUGUAUUUUCUGAGAUGUUAGAGAUUUUUAAUUGAUUUUCUCAGCUUGGUUUCUCUUGAUUCUGUAAAGUCUGAGCAAGUUUGGUUUCAUCGAUUUUCCCAAGCUUUUUUUUAUCUCAGCUUUAAUUGCAAAAAAACUUUUUUUAAUUUCGAAAUAUUUUGAAUUAUUUUUUUCGAACUGUUGAAUGUUGAAAAUUUUUCAGAACUUUCCGAUGAUUUGAUAAGCGAAAUUCAUGAAGUAUCUAUUUUUUGAAAGAAAAACGGGACUCUCUUCUUGAGCGAUUCAGAAAGCGGACUUUAGUUUUUUGUAGUUUUUUCUUGAAAUUUUAAAAACUUACCGUUCGAUUUGAUACAUGCAUUUUUUGCUGAAAAUUCAGAGGCGAAUUCUCAAAUGAGCUGUCAUUUUCUGUCGAUGAAAUGAUUACUCUGCGAAGGCGGGUGGAUGCUGAUUGGCUCGAAGGAUCGAUUGGAGAAAGAAUUGGCAUCUUCCCAUCCAGUUUCGUCCAGGUAAAACGAAUCAGAAGAAAAAAUACAAUGAAAGAGCAGAAAAAAAAUAGGUUAAGAAGAAUGUACGAGAUCGCGUUGUUGAGAAGAAACAUUGAAAGUUGAUUAAGGAAUAAUUUCUUCUAAAAAGUAAAUCAUGAUCGCGUUUUCUUCUAACCACAGUUCUAAUCAAUUUCAAUCAGAUCAUCGUUGAUCUUCCCGAAGACAAUACAUCCAAUUCGGGAACUUUGAAAAACAACCGCAAAAGUACGACCGAUGAAGGAAUCGGGUUGGUUUUUGAAACAUAAUUCUCAUAUUUAUUGAUCCUUUUUAGUCAAAUUUCUCAGUUAAAUAUGUUUUUUUCAGUUUUGCGACGGUUCGACAUCCAUUCACGGGUCGAGAAGAGGAUGAACUUACCGUAGCUGCGGGAGAUACUGUCAGAGUCCUCAGGAUGGUCCGUUCUCAAAAACUGCUUUUUUUACUGUCGUGAUUGGUUGUUUCUGUUCUGAUAAUGGCCUUUGAUUUAUUUUUUUAGAGUGAAAGUUUUUUUAUUUAGCUCAAUAAGUUUUAGCUUCUCCUUGAUUGAUUCAUCAAGAAUUUGACGAUUUUUUUCGAAACUAUCGUUUACAAGGGCAGGGUUCUAAGCGCCUUUUGAGAUCUUGAUUCUUGUACCGAAUGAUUUUAUAUUUAUUAAUCAGAAUCACUCAUGGAAAACCAAUUAUUCAUAGUUUUUUUAAAAUUCAUUUGUUGCUCUAGGGUAUGGCUGCGCCUUUUGAUGGAAAAUAUCCCCUUUCUUUCCUAGCUGAACCUUUUCAAAUCGAAUAAUUUUACUUUAUUUAAAUAGUUGCAUACGUCCCACUCCGGGGUGCGGCCUACUUCAGUACAUUUUAAAAUUGUUUUUUUGUGCGCAUAAGGCUGGGCUGGGAUCAAGCCGAUGUAUGAAUAGUUGUCUGAUUUUUCCAGGAUCUCCCAAUUAAGUUCUACUGAGACGUUUUUCAUUGUAGAAUUUCAAAGAAAAAACAUCGAGAACGGCUCUUCGCGAAAUUUUACACGCAUUUUUCAUAGUCUAGAAAGGAUUUCUGGAAAACACUUAAACAAGUGCAUUGACUCCAGGUAAACGAUGAAUGGGUAAUGUGCCGAGAUCCGGACACGGACCGGAACGGAAUCGUGCCUGUCGGCUUCCUUGAAGUGUACCUCGACGAGGAGGAUGAAGACGUGCUCAAGUCCAGUGCAGCGAAGAUGUCCUUCAGCACCCCGGCCAACACUUCGGUUAGCCUUUCAGGUUGUCUGGAACGUCUGAAUCUUUCUGUUGAAGGUCAGCACUUUGAACAACGACAACUUUAACGCACCGACGACGCUUCCCGACUGGCGAACGUCGACGCGAAUUGGCGACGCUGCGGACUGGAAUUCCUCGCCAGCUGGAGCGACGCCGCAGCAGUGGGCGACGUUCGGCGAGGAUUGGAUCGCGCCGGACGCGACGCCGCGAAGUGCGGCACCAGCGAGACCACCGCCGCCAAAGGUUUGAGCGACUGAUGACGUGAGAAUUAUCGUGAUGACGUCAGCAAUCGUCGGUGCAGUCGCCGAAUGACGUCGUCUCCGUGACAGAGAUGUUCGGUAUGAUGGAGAGACAGGUUCGUUAGGAAAUGUUAAGUGACCUCUCUAGGAAUUUUUUUUUUUUGGCGCUCGCCCUAUUUCGGAAUUUGAUGAAUAUUGAGGCAAUCAAAAAGUUCUUAACAAACGCGAUUUUUCAACAUAAAAUAAAAGCGAAACAGGUCCAAAGUAACUUUUCAGGAGUUUGGACCAGUUUUAAUCAAAAAUUGAAUGAAAAGAGAAGCUAGCGGAAACUUAUUUCUACAACGCUAAAUUAAUUGGAACAGUGUGCAAAGGAAAAUUUUCCAAAUUCAUUUUAACAUGAUCAGAAAGAGAUUUCCUAGGUUUUUAGUUUGAUAAAAAAAAUUAUUAUAAAAGAAUGUUUUCCUCAAAAAAGUCGACGCUUAGGCUCCUCCAAGGCCAAAUGCCCCACUGACCAUGUUCGCCACGAGUAACGAUCUUCAACUGGCUGGACUGGACUCCACUGCGACUCAGGAAGAGAAAAGAGCCAAGGUAGGGAAAUGGAAAGGAAAGAUGAUUUUCUUCAAAGAAAAUGAGGAUUUUAUGAUUUUCUAAUUGAUAAACCUGUAUGAAAUCACAAAUUUUGAGAAUUUUGCCGGGAAAUUUGAGCCUGAACACUCUUCAUUAUACGAAAAGGAACUUUUUUGAAUUUGUUUUCUUGUAUUACAGAUUCUCGAAGAGCUCAUCAACUCGGAACUGCAGUUCAUCACUGAUAUCAAUUGUUAUACUGAAGUGAGUUUCAAUUUAUGAGAACCCAAAAGAGACAUCUUCACAGGUCGUUGAUUCGAGCACGCUACUCAGCGGCAAGCAGAAGAUCAUCAUGAAAAAUGGCUGUGCCCAGAUCGUCCAGCUCUCGGCGACCCUCGUCCAGCUCCUCACCAAUGAGCAGUGUCAGAUAUCAAUUCAUUCCAUUUUAUUUGCCUAAGUUGCGAAAUUCAUUUUUGGUUUGAGAAAAAUACAGCUUAAAUAGACUUUUCAAGAGGAAAAAACCAACAUAUGUUAUGGAAAGGCGAUUUGAGAAUAGUGCCUAGAGAGGAUUUGAAAAAGGUUUUUUAGUGAAACCGACCGACAAACAGGCGAUCGGAAACUGCUUCCUGCAGCUACGGAAACCGUUCGCACAGACCUACGGAUUCUACUUCAGGAACAUCGAGCACAUCAACCAGUUGCUCACCUCUGCUGUAAGCUUCCUGUUUCAGCUAUUUUCCAGAAAAAUUGACGCUUAGCUGAUUAUGAUUAACCAGAAAAAGUGUGAGAAUUCGUUUAUUUAUUUAUUCAUCUCUCUAAAACACCGAAAAACUUGGAAGACUUUCUUCGUAAUAAAUUUUGAAUUGUUUCCAAACUUGCUUUUUUUUAUGAUUUCAACCAUUCAUACCCCAGCUAAAGACCAUUUUGAGAUGAAAUCUUUAAUUGAUUAUGUGAGAUCAUUAUGAAUUCCUUUCAGAAGACUGAAAGGACGAUGGAAGAAGCUCUGAACGACGUCGUCCAGAGGAUGAGACUCGCUGGCGCCGGCGUCAUCGACAGCACGACGGCCGUCGGUCGACCCGUUCAGAGAUGUCUCAAAUAUCCGCUCUUUUUGUCUGAAAUUCUCAAGGUUAGUUCUAUAACGAAAAAAAGAAGGUUCAAAUUCGAUUUCAUUGGUCCUUGCAUAUUUCUAAUCCAUUAGUAGUACCUUGAGCAACUUGAAAAAUAUUCUUUUUAUCUCAAGAAUUUAGGUGAAACGGUUGGGUCCUCCGGGGAAUUUUUUGAAUAUAUAGGAAUCAAUCAUAAUAUUUCAUUCACAAGAAAGAACAAAAUAAGAUAAGACUUCAGAAAAAGGCUAGUCGAUCGCACUAACUUCAUAAUCGGAAAUUUAAAAAAGAAAUUCUAAAUAUCUCGAAGAAGUAAUUUGCUACUGUAGUGAUGUGAACUAGACGAUGAUUUCAGCACACCCCGGUUAAUCACUACGAUCAUCCGAAACUGAUGGAAGCCGUCAAGCAAAUGUCCAACUUGGGCCAGAAAAUGAACGAAAGCAAGCGAAGGAAGGAAUUGAGUAAUGAAAAAUAAUGAUUGAGAAAACUUAUUUGGACUUUUUUCAGCUCGAAAAUACACUGAAGAGGAAGGACCACAGUCGUUCGGAGAUAUGCUUUCCAAAUUAACGAUCCAUUCUUUGGUGAAGAAAUCGAAUCGGUUCACCUACAGAAUGGGUUCUUCACUGGGAGUUGUAAAAUUGGUAGGUUCAGUGGGAGAAAAGAAAACUAUUUCGGCGAAAAAACUACAGAAGUAUGCGAUUCUGAAAAAUUGCAGAGAAAAUAAUGUUUUUGAUUUUUGCAUCAUCGAAGGGUGCUGUUGGAAAAUUUUUCGACGGAAAUCUUCAGGAAAUACUUAGACAGUGUAGUAAGACUUUCUGUAAUAUUGUUAUGAAUAAAUUUCCUCACCCUCAACUUUUCUAUUUUACGACUUUUUGCAAGCUUUCUUCAAGUUCAGGGAGGUCUAGCAGAUUGAGUAGUCUAAAGCGGGUUUUUUCAAAUUUUAUCCCUUUUUUUUAAUGUACAAGCUUGAGCAAAGUGUAAAAAACCUCAAAACGAAGAAUCUAGAGCUCUAUUUUGAGCUCCUGAAAGGUCCUUCUGAAAUUUGACCAUGAAGUGGCUACUUCAGAGUCAUAUAGGUUAAACUUCAGAUUUAUUCGGUAGAGCAAAUUUGGAAAGAAGUCCACAUAUUUCAUUGAUUAUUAGAGUUCAAAUCUUGCAUAGAAGAGCACGCGGGAUGAUAAAUUUCAGCCCCAAAAAUUGAGAGAAAAGAAGUGAAAAGGUAACUUCAGACCCGAGAUUCUGAGUUCGACCGACUCGUUUGUGAGCUGGACACGGCCGAGCGACGAUUGGUCAGGUUCAACUACAUGUUGGUGAUUUAUCGGAAGAAAAUGUUCCACGAAACGCGUGUCAUCCUCUACAAAAGAAUCAUCGAGCCAAGUUGAUUUUCUCUGUUUCUUUUCAGCUUUCCUCUUCUUUCCAGGAAAAAAGCAAGUCUCGGCUAGUGAUGCAGAUCAUCAACUGUACGUUUUCAACGACGCCAUCAAAGAUUUCGCCGCGACUAUCAAUGCCAAGUGAUUAUCUAUAUGAACCAUUAACAUUUUUACGACUCUAAAAAGUUUGAAAUUGAAAAAAAACUGUUCAUCAGUUUUGUAAAUUCAAAUCUUCUUUUUCAUACGGCUUGAGCGGCGUCGGCGCCCCAAGUCGAUUAGCCGAGGUCCUAUCCUGAUAUCAGGGAUAAUCAGCGGACUGGCUCUAGCGACAUAUCCGUCCUUGUGUGUGACGGCUGGGUAUUUCAUUUCUCAAACCCCUUUGUUGGGUCGAGGUGGGGAUCGAACUUGUGACCCUGUAGCCCGUAGACUGACACACAACCUGUGCUACGGCGCGCCUAAAAUUGGAGAUUCAUAUGAGAAAUCAAAAAGAAAAAAAAAUUUCUUUGGUUCAGAGUUCGAGACGACGUUGUUCAAGCUCUGCGAAGUUUGCCGAAGAAGCUGAUCAAGAAAAGAAACGACAAGUUGAUGGAUUACGAGGCGGCCAAGUCCAAAGACAAAAAUAGUCAAAUGGUUCGUGGGAGUAAAAUGAGAUAAUUUGGAAAACAGUUUAGAACAGCUAUCAAUCUCUCUGAACAUGAUUUUUCUGAUUUUCUCUCCUAAAUGUUCGGUUUUAUGAUUUUGAAGAAAUGGUUCAGAGAGCCGAAGCUCGAGAAAAGUACAAUGACUACGAGGCGUUGAACACCCAGGUCAAGCAGCAACUUCCCAAGGCGAUCGAUAACUUGAAUAGAGUGAGUUUAGAAAGUUAAAAGUGGAAAUGAACAGAUUCUUAAGAGGUCAUGAAAUAUCACAGUUAGAACAUAUUUAGUGCCUGGAAAAUUUGAGAAGGUCUGUUAUCGUAUUGCAGAAUAAUUGAUAAAGUUUGCAUCAAGUUUUUCAUCCAUAACCUUUACGCCCAUAAAUAGUCAAAUUUAUCAGGUCCUCCAAGAAGCAAUGAAGACGGUCACCUCUGAAGACGAGAAGCUUAUGGCGAAGCUGAGAACGUUGUUCGAGGAACAGAAGGCGUUGGCGGCGGCGGACCCGAACGCCCACAGUCGCAAGGUGAUCCUCGCCGACUCGGUCUGCUUCGUCAACUACUACGAUCACGAUCGCCUCAAGCCGCUCGGCAAAAUCGCGAACAAGGCGUCGCAUUCUCUGAGAAUGAGAGCGAGGUCGGCGUCGCCUGAACGGAGUCGCAAGGAGAAGAAGAAUGGCAGCGGUUCGGAACCCUCGUCGAGAAAUCAGAGAGUGAUGAUUUGCAGAGAAAAGGGCCAGCGAGAAGCCGAAGAAAAAAGUGACGGUGGACUUGAACGCGACGCUCCAGGAGCAGUGGAGCAAAGGCGCCGUCGUUCCGGAAUGUUGGUCUUCAUCACUAUUUAUAUCGAUAAUCAGUAGUUUUUAUCAAUUUUCUGCUUUCAAAUGCAUAAGCAAAGUCAGAAAGAUCACUUGAAGAUUUCCUCAGAGUUGAUUUCUAGAAAAAUUUAAUUUGUCUUCAAAAAGCUUUUCCUUCAGCUACUGUUUUCGAUUCCAAGAAAGAAAUCAAGCCUAUACAGUAGCUUUUCGACAAUAUUUAACCCUUGCAGCGUUCCACCCACCCACUACCAGUGCUUCUGUAGAAACUCCAACCAAGUUCCGAGCUCAAACGGCCGAGGAACGAGUCACGAUUCUGGAGAAGGCCAAAUCGAAGUGAAUUUCAAAAUAAAUAGACAAAUAUCCUAUAUUCAUUGCUUCAGAGGUCGCCUUAAUGAUAUGUACGUCGUCCUCUCACCGUAUCCCGCCGAUCAGGCCAUGAUGAACUUGGCCGUCACGGCUGGAAAGGUAAAAAUGCGAUUAGUUGCGUUAUUAGUCUUCCUUUAAUUACAUGAUUUUUUAUUCAAAACUGCAUUUUUUGUUGCUGAUGAUGGUAACUGAUUUCUUUUUUCUCAAAAAUCGUACUGAAUCUUAUCGAGCAAAGAGAUGAUUUAUUGCAUUUUUUAAUUUUUGUUUUUCAGUUGCUGAUUGUCCAAAAAGACGAUCUCGUGCUGGCGGUGAACAAGGAAGUCCCAAGCAUGUGGUCAGUGAGCCUGAAGAAAAGCACGACUUAUUCGAAAACUUCUAGGCUUUGCUACAAUGGAUUCUACAACGCCAUUCUGCCGAGCAACGUUCUUCGACCCUACAAACAGCAACAAACGAUCGAACAAGGCGUCGACGUGGCCCGUUUGAUGUCGUCGAACAUGGGCAACUUGAACAAUCUGAACAAUGUGAACACUCGGCCGCACAGUACGCCUCCCAAGUCGCAGAACUUGAUAGGUCUGCUUCCGAAUUGAAAAAUUAAUAUGAAAAAAAUUUAUCAAAUCUUUUUUUAUUCGUUUCAAAUUCUCAUUUUUUUCUGUAAAAAAAGCAGGUUUUUUUCUCCCCGAUAGUACUAUAAAAGAGAAAUGUUCCCUCUUUUUAAAGAAGUAAAAUGUAGUUUAGAAUCCGCAUUCUGACUUUGUUUGCAUUAAAUAUUCACGUUCACUCGGAGUUAACUUCCCAAUUUUAGUGCAUACACACAGGGUGCUGACGGUAAAUUGCAGACUACAAUACUCUUUGAAAAUGGAUAACUCGCUCUUGUCGAAGCACCUUUAUAACAAUAAAACAUUUUUCCAGACCUCGACGACUUGCUCGGCGGCGGACCGCCCAUCUCCUUGGCUCCACUGACCCCGCAACCAGUCGCGCCCUUCCAACUUUCUCCGCUGCCACUCCAACCGACCGCCGCCAACAGCUCCAGCGCUGCUUCAGCUCUUUCUUCCACGGCGUUCGCCAACCCUUGGCCGUCUCCCAACCCUGAAGCGGCCCCUCAGAACUCGAACUCGGCGGCUAACGGUGGAUCUAUCUUCGACGGAGUCAAAUCGAUCGAUUGGGGCAUGCCUUCGGCGAUUCGGACGCCUUCGAUGCCGAAUCUCACGGCCGCGGCCACCCUCGGCCAGAUGCAGCCUGUCGAUUGGGGACAGCCGUCUUUUGCGCCCGCUGAGCCGUCUCUCAAGUUUCCUGUCAUGUUCGACGAAUCUCCUGGUUAGAAUUUCUGAGAAAAUUUUUAGAUUGGGACCUUUGAUCACAAUUGCUCGCCUGAACAAAUCUAAAAUUUCUAUUUUAGUUUUCAGAGAAUUAUUUUGAGACUCUCUGUGAUUCCGUAGCUGCUUUUGAACUAUUGUGCUCAAUUUUAAAUUUAUCGACAUCAUCUCAAGUUUCCAUACAUUUUAGAAUUUCACUUUUGAAUAUCUUAAGAAACAGCUAAAUAUCAACGAAAUUAUUUUUUAGUAUUCAGAAAUUGUUUUCUGAAAACAGUUUUCUCAGGCGACAAGUCUUCUUUCUCUUCAGCGACCCUGCCUACCUAUCAAAACGCGCCAACAAGCUUGAAUCAGAGGUAUGUUGGUGUUUCAAAAAGAAAACGUAAUGUACAGAUUUUCUGAGCUGGAAAAUAAUAAAAUCUUCUAACUUCGUACGAAAACAUACCGUUCAUUUUCAUUUUGAAGCGGAUAAAGAAUGUAGAAUUUGUACUUUUAAAUUUAAUAACUCCUCAGGAGCGACUCACCACAGCCGCUGAUUCCUUCGAGACCGACGCCAAGCGUCAAAUCUUCCCUUCCGAUGACGUCAGGACCACCUCCGUCGCAAGCACCGCCACCGAUGCGGCAGACCUUCAGUAGGGCGAACUUAGUCCAAUCGAUAAAAAGGCGAUUUUUCUCUCAGAUGCCUUACCUCCUAUGGCAUCCUAUGAUGCGGUGCCGGGCAAUGGAAGCAUGCUUUAUGCGAUGCCGCCGAUGUAUGACGUCACACCGAGCUUGAAUACCUCGACUAAUAUGAGCAACAACAGCUUCGGAAAAGGUAAAUUCAUAAAAAAAAAAGCCGCGGCGACAGGUUAAUGAAUAAUGAGCGAAAGUUUUCAGAUCAGACAUCAGAUAAAUUGCCCAUUUCAUUUUCUUGUUAAAAGGAAUGACUCUCUUUGAGAAAAAGGAGAAGCUUUUUAAGAAAAUAUCAUUCAAAUGAAUCUGAGCGGGUGAAAAAGAGUUGAUAUAAUGACAUUAUGAGAGAAAGUUCUUUCGGUUUUGUCCUGUUUUCAUGGGAAAUUAUUGUGAACUCAAAAAAAAAAAUGAAAACACGACAAAAUCUUGAUAAUUUUCUAUAAUUAUGAAUUUCUUGAAAAAAAUGUCGAUCAUUAGAUAUUUUCAUUGAAACCUUCACUUUUUUCAGUUCAUACAUUAUUUUUGCUCGAAGACUUUUAUCAUUAAUUCUCCUUUGCUCUUUCAGAUUCUCGGGUCUAUCCAUCGCUUUAUGAUAUUCCACCGGCUUCCAUGGGCCAAUAUGCCCAGCCGCCACUUUCUCAGUACGACGCUCCGCCUUUGGAACCGACGACACCGGCAAAGGCGCUUCGACCCGUGGUCAAUAGAAUAUUAUUCAUUUUGGAGAAACAUUUUUACUUUUUCAGCUCGGCGAAGUAAGAGUAGACUACGAUUUCGUGCCCCAAGGUACAAAUCAAAUGGCCGUCAAGGAAGGCGAAGUGAGUAAUCUCUAGAGCCAACAGAAAUUUUAAAAACUUUUGAAGUGUCUCGAACUCGUUUUUCGAAACCUUCAAUCUUUUUUUAAACUUUGAAGAAAAACGAUUUGAAAUGGCUGAACAAUCGUCCUCAUUCAGAUCCUGGGCGUUGUUCAACGGACCGACGACGACGGCAACCCAGAAUGGCUCCUUCUUCAGCGUCCCGACGCGAAAUGCGGUUAUGUCCCGUCGGCAUACUGUAGAUCUCUGUGA